AUCUCAUCUCUCACCAACUCUCUCUCUCUCUCUCUCUCUCUCUCUCUCCUUCAUUCUCUGUUCUAUAUGCUUGUCUUGGAUUGGAGCGCAAACAAGGCAACUGGUACGCGUGUUGUCGAAGCUACAGUCACCUUUUGGCCCUUCCCUCGGACACCCUUUUGGCUCUUCUAUUGCUGCUGCCAUUGCAGAGUAUUAUAGUCUUACUCUGUUCUUGCUCUGUUCUUUGACAUGGAUUUCCCAACCCCACCUUGCAAGAUUGCCCGUUUAGAAAAUUCUGUUGGGAUUGGACCACCUAUUUGGGGUGAUGUUAGGGACAUGAACACCAACAUAUCAGUUGGAGGAGAUGGGCUAAAUCUUCAGCUUGGACAUGGGUCUAGUCAUUCCAGGAAAUCGUGCGGUUUCACCAUUUUUCAGCUGCAGGAGUUACAGCUUCAAUCACUUAUCUACAAGUACAUGGAAGCUAGGCUUCCCGUGCCUUAUCAUCUUCUUGUCCCCAUAUGGAAGAGUGUCACCUCCCUUGGCGGUUCCAAUGGUGUGGUUCCUCCAGGGUACACAAGCUUUUUGUCAUCUAGCCCUUUAUCUUGGGACAAAAAAAUUAGGAUGGAUUCCGAUCCAGAGCCUGGGAGAUGUAGAAGAACAGAUGGGAAGAAAUGGAGGUGUAGCAACGAAGCUGUUCCACAGAAAAAGUACUGCGAGAGGCAUAUGCAAAGAUGCCGCCAGCGUUCAAGAAAGCUUGUGGAAACUUCUCAACCUAUAAAUACUAGUGCUGGGGUUCCUCCAAGCUCAAACACCAACCUCUCCAUUUCACUCUCUGUGAAUAGCAGCAGCAGCAGCUGUGAUCUCUCUCCAUGACUGCCUUUCUCUCCAGAGACUGUUACUUCUUCGAGGUAAAUAGUGCUUUUAUCAGUGUUGAAAGUUCAUGCUCUUUUUGGGUAAAAAGUAUAUUCCAUAAAUUAGUUUGGGGACUACAUUUGUGCAACUGUCUAGGAACAAGGGAUUUUGAGACUGUUCCCAGAAAGGAGAAACAAUUUUGUCAUAUGUUGUGGUGUUUGGUGGAGGGAGGACCUCAUGGGCUUCAUAUUGAUCAGCUUUAGCUUUGAUCCCGACAUGUUUGUUGCUUAUUAAUAUCAGGAGCAUUUACUUGAUUA